AUGGGGAAUCUCAACUGCUGCUCAGCAGACCCCGGCAGCUUUGAUGACCUGCGGUCUUCUGCUCCCUCUCAGAUGCUGGCCUCACCUCAAGAGUCCACUAUUGUAGCUCUCCAAACAAGCUUCCCCAGUGUCACACUGAAACCUGCAGACACGGAGCUGACAGCAGCCUCAGAGGCCGGUGAGGAAGUUCAAUCUACUCCAAGCACGGAGCAGGCUCCAGCGCAGCCUCUGGAGCAUCCUGAGGAAGUGGGACUCCCCUCAACCCAACAACAGGCCCCAGUGCAGACUCCAGAAUUCCCUGGGAAGGUGGAAUCUUGGACUCAAGAGGGUCUAGCUCAGACUUCAGAGCUCCCUGAGAACACUGGACCUUUCUCUACCCAAAAUGAUGCCACAGCUCAGCCUUUAGAGUAUGCUGAGGAAGUCAGCCCAUCUGUAGCCCAGCAGGGGGUCCCAGCUCAGCCUCCUGGCCUGCCGGUGACCACUGAAUAUUCCCCCAGCAAUCAGGAGCAGCCUGUUCAGCCUUCUGAGUCUCCCGAGAUUGAACCUCCUAGAAGCCAACUGGAAGCCCUGGAGAAGUCCUCGGAACUCCCUGUGGAAGUCAAAUCUCCAGUACAGCAAGAUUCCCGAGCUCAAGCACUAGACUCUCCUGAGGAGAACAUCAUAGCUCAGACAACACAGAUUCAGAAGGGGACAGACUGGUCUCUAGAUCAGAAUCAAGUUCAUGAUUAUAACCUGCCCAACGUUACCAUCAAGCCUGCAGAUGUGGCACUGACCAUAACUCCGGAGCCUACUAUGGAGCAGGACUCUUCUCCAGUGCAGCAGGAGGGCUCUGCUCAGACUCCAGCCCCUCCUGUGGAGACAGAACCUUCUAGUGAACAGGAGCAGCCCGCUCAGUAUGUUGAGUCUUCUAUAGAGAACAAACCCUCUCCAGCCCAGCAGGAGACCCCAUAUCAAACUCUGGGCCCUUCCCUGGAGACAGAAGCUUCUCCAGCCCAGCAGGAACCCCCAGAGCAGACUCCGGUCCCUUCUGCAGAGACAGAACCUUCUCCAUUCCAGCAGGGAUCCAGAGCUCACACCCCAGGCCCUUCCGUGGAGGCAGAACCUUCUCCCCGUGAACAGGAGCAGAUAGCUCAGUAUGCAGAGGCUCUGGUGGAGACUCAGCCUCCUCCAGGCCCUCCCGUGGAGACAGAGCCUUCUCUCAGAGAACAGGAGCAGAUUGCUCAGUAUGCGGAGGUUCUGGUGGAGACUCAAGCUCCUCCAGGCCAGCUGGAGGCCCUAGCUCUGACUCCAGUCCCACCUAUGCAGACCGAACCUUAUAUCAAUCAGCCCCUGAAUGUGGCUGCCACCAUAAAUGUAUGUGAGCUCUGUUCCUGCAGAAAUGAGACACUUUCAUGCACUGGCCUCAGCCCAGUGCAGAAGCUUCACAAAGUUCCUGUACCAGAGCCCAAGAGCUACAACGGCACCUUCAUCAUAUUAAAUUUCCAAGGAAACUCUAUUUCUUUCAUUGAUGAACAUGUAUGGAAAGCAUACCGUUGGGCUGAGACACUAAUCCUCAGUGAAAAUGACUUGACUGAAUUACAUAAGGACUCAUUUGAAGGCCUGCUAUCCCUCCAACAUUUAGAUUUAUCCUGCAAUAAAAUAGAGUCUAUCGAAAGACGUGCAUUUGAGUCACUCCCUUUUCUGCAGUCUGUAAAUCUUGGUUGCAAUUUACUGACAGAACUGAGCUUUGGGACAUUUCAGGCGUGGCAUGGAAUGCAGUUUUUGCACAAUGUAAAUCUCAAUCGUAAUCCUCUGACAAAUGUUGAAGACUCAUAUCUUUUUAAACUGCCAGCAUUAAAAUAUCUAGACUUGGGAGCAACACAAGUACCACUAACCACAGUUGAGAACAUCCUCAUGAUGACUCUUCAAUUGGAAAAACUGAUCUUACCUAGCCAUAUGGCCUGCUGCCUCUGCCAAUUUAAACAUACUAUCGAGGUUGUCUGCAAGACCAUCAAGCUUCAUUGUGACAAUGAAUGCCUGGCAAAUACCACACAUUGCCUUGAAGAAGCAUCCAUAGGGAACCCAAAGGGGGCAUUCAUGAAGAUAUUGCAAGCCCGGAAGAACAACACCAGCAAGGAGCUGACUAUUGAGCCAGAGAACCCAGUAUCAGAGAGAAACAGCGUGGACUUCCCAGGUCGCAUGAGUGAACAGCCGGACUUCAAUGAAGAAAGUAACAUUACUAGUGCACUGAAUUACAUAUUGCCUUAUUUCUCAGAGGAAAAUCUGCAAAAUGUAGAAUCAACAUUAUUACCAUUCAUUAAACUGCUUUUUUCAAAUGUGCAAGAGAGAGAUAAGUCCCUGAGCUACGUGAAAACCCACAUAAGAAGGGCCUCUCAUCCUUACAGAAAUAAGUUGAGAAAGCUCUAUUUUCUAGAGAAUUUGUUAGAUGAAGAAAUUCAAGAAAAAAUCGAUGAGGUUAAAAAGGAAGAAAAGGCCAUGCUUAUGCAGCCUAUCCUGUUAGGUCCUCAAUUUAACCCUCAAAUCCUCCUAAAGAAAUCAGAAACUGCCCCAUCACAGGAGAACAGCCUGGCAACCAUGCCCAGUGUGGGGUACAGGCUGCAGAGAGUGAAAAAAGUCAUCAAGGGGCCAAAGGGCUUACGGAAAAGGCACCUCCAGGAGAUGAGGAAGAGACUCGGGAGGAGACAGGGCACCUGGCCCUUUGCAGAGAGCAUCGGGGGAAGAAGGCUUGGGAGAGCAGGCUCCAGGGAGCUGAAGGAGCUUCAAGUGGCUCAGAGGCCCAGGCAGUUGGUCGGAAACUCCUUGCACACGGAGCCCUUGCUCACAAAGGAACAUGGGGCUGCAGCCUCCUCUUUCCUGAAGAGACACAUCCUGGGCAGGUCUUCUACCUCCCCUGCAAAAUCUCUCUCUGAGAUCAAAAACAAAGGAAAAGACUUAACCUACACCAUUUUUGUCUUAGAAGAUGCCAAUGCUAGAGCCAAAAAUAAGGCGGCAGGGAAACCAAUCUCGCAUUCCAGACAAAAUUACCGUUUUCAUAAAACUCGCUCUCACCUGGCCCUCCGAACCCCCAAGGCCAAACUGAGUCAAAUGUUCAGAAGGAAAAAUUCCCUCAACAGGUGGAUGGCUUUGAAUAGGCCUCCCUUCCCUGCACUGCGGAGUCUCAUAAAUCCCCCCUCCGGAGAGGCUUUCUCAUCCCCUGGAGACCUGCAUUCUCAGGGAAGUCCUUCUCUGAGAGAACCUUCUAUAGCCGACACUAGGGAGGAAAACCAUUCUGGAGGGCGUGUUUUCGAAGAAAGCGUUUUGACAGAAAACACCACUGGGCCUGAAGAAACGCUCCCUGGAGACAAAAUGCAUAUAGAUCUUUCAGCUACAGAUUCUGCUGGGACCGAGUUCAACCUAAUGCCGACUGUGGACCAAACCAAGGAAACACAGUGGGAAUACCCCAGUGAGGGCACUGAAGCCCCCACCAUGCCCGCAGGCUUCACCUACCCCGUGAUGCUGUCCCAGGGGGAGCAGUUUGAAAUUCAGCUGAAUCAGCAGCUACAGCCCCUCAUCCCCAACACUGACGUGAGAAGGCUCAUUUCUCACGUCAUCCGCACUCUGAAAAUGGACUGCUCUGAGGCCCAGGUGCAACUGCCCUGUGCCAAGCUCAUCUCCAAAACAGGCAUCCUGAUGAAGCUCCUCAGUGAGCAGCAGGAAGAAAAGAUAGCCAAGGAAGAAUGGGAUACAGAGCAGUGGAGGACUGAGACCUAUAUCAAUGAGAGUACAGAAGCCCCGAGUGGACAGAAAGAGCGGGAGUCGAGUAAGCUCGCAAAAGGAGCUCAAGAUCAUGGCUAUCACAACAAGCUCAUCGUGGCAAUAUCUGUGACGGCAGUGGUCACGAUGCUGGUUAUCAUCUUCUGUCUCAUUGAGAUUUACUCUCAUAGAGGAAGAGGAAGAGAAGACAUAGAAAAAGCUUCAACGGAGCUCAGCGAGGGCCUCGCUGAGAAGACGCCCCCUCCAGAGUCCUUGGCAGAAGGUGAAGAGAGCGAAGCCCCCGAGGAAAACAUGGAGUGA